AUGGCUCGGGGGAAGGGCGCCGCAGAGCCUGAAAAGACCCAGAGGCUUUCCCUUGCUGAGCUGGCCGCUCAUGACGACGUGUGCUCAGACGUCAUGGUAGAUAAUGCUUAUUACAAGUCAAGAAUCCGAAAGAAUCGCACCAAACAUAUCCCAAUCCGCGGCAUCAAGGAAGAUGAAGUCCCCCGGAUCCUCCUGCACAAGGUUAUUGUCGACAAAGAUGUGAAGGCCGCGGAGAAGGCUCUUCUCGCCCUCCCCGGCUUGAAGAGAUACAAGAAGAGUUUGCGCAGCAAGGCUGAGCAAGAGCAUUUCUUGCAGCACCUCAGAAAGUACAUAGAUAUGUACCAGACCGAUUGUGCUUGGGAAGUGUCUACCACUAAUCGCUACACCAUCACCACUUACGAAGCCGCUGUCACGGCCAGGAGGCGUAUCAGACAGGGGGACACCAUAAAAUAUCUCACCGGCACCCUUGUGCCUCUCACCAGCGAGGAAUCGGCCGACUUGGACUUGACGAAUCGCAACUUCAGCAUCGUUGUCUCCAGUCGCAAGAAAAAUUCAUCCAUCUUUUUGGGUCCUGCCCGUUUCGCCAACCAUGAUUGCGAUGCAAAUGGUCGUCUUGUUACGCGUGGGGAAAAUGGUAUGGAGGUGGUCGCCAUGAAGAAUAUUGAGGUCGGUAACGAGAUCACUGUCUCAUACGGCGAUGAUUACUUUGGGCCCGGCAAUGUUGACUGCUUGUGUCAUACAUGCGAACAACUCGAGCGAAAUGGCUGGACAUCUAAGGCUGGUAUCCUUGACACUCCUAGUCGCACUUCCACUCCACAGCUUGAACCUCAAACAGCAACUCAACCCCGCGGCCUGAAGCGGAAAAGAGACUCAAAUGCCUCCCCCGCAUCGUCCGUACCUCCUAUAUCAAAGCAUGCUAAGAUCAUGCAGUCCCCGUCUAAAUUGCAGCAAUCCUGGACGCCAUCAGACAGUCCAGAUGCGGAGACACCGCAACUUUCAAUCGAGCGAAAAUCCGAGCCGAUCGAGAGUUUGCGAGCUGCGGCUUCCAGGGAGGUGGCAGCACUCUCGCCGCCUCAUAGCCCAGCGCGAUCAGAAGUACACGAUUCUGGAAAGUCAAGUCAGCCUGAACCAGAGCCGUCGGCUCCGGUAGAUGCUACAGAUCAAGCACCUGAGCCGCGGCAGAAGCCCCCCGGUUCGUUGAAAGCGCAGACGAAUCAUGGGGAAAACAAGAUGGCCACCAAUCUGCUAUCCAAUAUAUCAUCACGUGUUCCACUAUCUCCGGCACCGACCUCUCCUUCUAGUCAUGGUUCUGCAACCGAGGCGAGCGUAUUAAGUCGGUCAAUUUCUCGGGCUCAGGCCACCCAUACCGCUGUCACGAUCAAGAUUGAGACUGUUGAAACAACCAAGAUAGAGGAAGACGAGGAUACAGUCAUCGUCAUGCCCUCCAGACGAAAAUCUUUGCAAACCAGUGUGGCUCACCAAACGCAAGAACAAGAUCAGCAGACGGGCAUGAUCGCCGAAAGCGUGGCAUUGGCUGUGCCUCAAGCGGUUUCCACUCUAUCUACCACAACGAUUAGUAAAGAAGUCCGCAGAGUCGAGUCGUCCGCUUCUGCAGCCGCAGAAGGCAGCGUGCUCCCAUCCAUAGAGCCGAUGAGUACCUCCACCACCGUGGCCACAUUGACGGUCCACCCAAUGACUGGCACCAUCCGCAUUGCUGGCGACUACAUCCUCACCCGCAAAUUACUCGCUCAGCCUCAUGAUCGCUGGGUACAAUGCCACAACGACAAAUGUCUUGGAUUCUUCAUCCAACCCAACGGCUACCAGACACGCCGCGAAUGUCCACGAUGCGAGCGCCACAGUAUGCUCUAUGGGUUUCCCUGGCCAAAAACAGACCCGGAUCCCCGCAAACUGCUCGAGCGCAAGUCUCAGGGGAAUGGUCGUGGGAAGAAGAACAACAAUGCUCAGGCAAUGGAGUACAGUGCAUACAGGCGGAAAGGGAGAUGUGGGAAAGGGACGUGGGUAGAAGGUGGAGGAGACCCCGAAGAACGGGUCAUGGAUCAUCGCACGAUCCAUCGCUUUGUGUUGCCCGAAGAGGAAAGAGAGUUGACCCGAAAGGGUCUUCUGAAAGAAGCCGAACUUGCUCGGGCGGCGGGAGACCAUGCCUUGGCAGUUUUGGAGGCGAGGAUGCGCGCAGGGUCUAGCUCGCGGGCUCUUAACCACGGAGUUGGGACGGAAAGCGCUACGAGGGACGUGAGUGAGAGUGGGAGUGCGACCCCCGAUGAAUUGAGGAGGAGGAGUAAUCGAUUUGUCACAAGGCCUGUGGGCGUCUACACGGACAAGUUCUAG